AUGGCCACCGUCGACACCCUGCCCUUUCCUGCCUUCGCGCGCUCCAUCCCUGCUGCCGAUCGUGCUUCACUUUCAGGGCUUUCGGACGAUGCCAUUCGUGAAUGGGUCGUAGCCAAGGCGGAGGAGUACCGCGAGAUCGCACUCUCUCUGCUAUCUCUCCACAACUCAAUCGCACCGAUUCAUCGCGCUUUCCCAACGGAACUCCUCUCUGAAAUCAUUUCAUACUGUUGGGACGACAUGCGCAGUGUGCGCCUUAUGCACGUCUGCCGUCUCUGGCGCGCGACAGCGCUCAAGACCCCGCGACUGUGGGCCGAAGCCGUCGCAGCUCCCGGUAACCAGCUCACGUUCAACAAGGCCAGGAUCGAGGCGCAGUGUCAACACCUGGAGGAGAGCCGCAUCUCGUUUGCGGCUACUGCGAUAGAACUAUCGUGUCCGGAACCGCUGCGCCUCAAAAUUCAUUUUCUCCCCAAUGGUCUAUCCCAGACACUCUCGUCGCACACCUCCCGACUCGUCGAUUUGUUCGUCCGCCUCCAAAGCGCCGCGCAGCUCAACUCACUAUGCGUACUUCUUGCGAACGGCGUACCCAACCUCGACGUUCUCGGUAUCGCAUUCCCAGGAUAUACAGGGAUGUACCGAGAGUGGCUGGGGCCGGGAGUAAGACACCGCCACGACGACACCGACGAUCAAGGCGACCCACGGAACCUCUCCAAGGAACUUAUCAGUUGGAGCUCAGGUGUUCAAGGUCUGAUCGCAGACACUCCUCGUCUCCGGGCGCUUCGAUGUGUUCCGAUCGAUCUCGUGUCUCACUUUGCUUGCCCCAGCGUACGCGACAUGUGCAUCACUCCCGCGGUAUUCAACCCGCAUCACUUGGAGGGCUUCGUUCACGCGUUGAAGAACACUCCGGACCUCACGCGCCUCGAUCUGUGCAUGGAGAGAGGUUCCCGGAUGGAACCAGACCGUGACGCACCUGGGUGGGCGGUCAAUCCCGUCGACCUUCCGGCGCUGCGGACGUUGGUCGUCAACCUCCACUUCAACGAAGACGCGGUACAGUACCUGGAUCUCAUCUCCAUUUCGUCCUCCGUCAGAGUCAACCUCAUAGGAGAUGAACUUUUGAACCUCGUCAACCUCCCUUCUCGCCACACUCCGUUCAUCCCAUCUCGAAUACACUCCGCAAGCACCGUCCACAUCUGCGACUCUUACGACAAGUGGGAGAUUCCCACCGCCGUCGUCUCAACGUCGAAGGACGACGAGGAGCUCAUCCGCUUCACUCUCUCCAUCGACCUGCCGGACACAACACCCUAUCUCCCCUCGUUCGACCUCAUCGAGACCUUCGACACCGGCGCGUACAUUACUCACCUCGUCUUCCACCAAAACUGGGCGACGAAGACUGCCGAAAGCAGUCCGUCGGAGAUCUUCUGCGCGUUCCCGUACCUCACCUCGCUCGACCUCGCCGGCCCCCGCGCGCACCGCGUCAUCAAGGCGCUCCAGCACCUGGACGACGACUACGCUCCCGACGCGCUCGUGUGCCCGCGGCUGAAGACGCUCAAGAUCGCGUUCGGGCUGAACCUCGGGGACGACCAGUCGGCGCCGCGCAAGGCGUGGGCGGCGCUGAGGGCGCGGCCGGCAGGGUGGGAGGAGACGGUGCUCCGCACGAUCCCGGCACGGGUUGCGGCCAUGGUGAAGCCGCUGGAGCACCGCGCGAAGCGGGGGCUCCGGUUGGCGCGGCUGGAGUGGGAGGACCGGGAGUGGGACCCGACGUUGAGGCUGGAGUUCCCGCCGUCGGCGGUGGUGGGGACGUACGUUCCGGGCCCUGGGUCGUUUGAUCAGGAGGAGCUCGAGAAGCUGGUGGACGGGCCGGUCGUCUUUGGGGGAUUUACGUACCAAGAGAUUGCUGAGUAG